AAUCCUGGUCAUCCGCUGACGGAGCCAGGAGGAACCGACCAGAAGAACCGUAGAAAAAUGGCGUUCACAUUCGCGGCCUUUUGUUACAUGCUCGCUCUGCUGCUCACGGCGGCGCUUAUCUUUUUUGCUAUUUGGCAUAUAAUCGCAUUCGAUGAGCUGAAGACUGACUACAAGAAUCCUAUAGAUCAAUGCAACACUUUGAAUCCGCUGGUGCUGCCAGAGUAUCUCAUCCAUUUCUUCUUCUGCGUGAUGUUUCUGUGUGCGGCCGAGUGGCUCACCCUCUUCCUCAACUUACCGCUGCUGGCUUAUCACGUCUGGAGGUAUACGAGCAGACCGGUGAUGAGUUGUCCAGGACUCUAUGACCCGACUACCAUCAUGAAUGCCGACAUCCUGGCCUAUUGUCAAAAAGAAGGCUGGUGCAAACUGGCUUUCUACCUCCUCUCAUUCUUCUACUAUCUCUAUGGAAUGAUCUAUGUUCUGGUGAGCUCCUAAAGACGGUGGAGGGAAACGGACCGGGCCGUACAGUAGAUGACCAGACACUACGAUCCAAGUGCUGGAACACUGGACCUGCUGGAGACCACUGAUGAGCAACACGAGCCGUCAUUUCAAGUGGAUGAGCCCCCCCGACAAACACACACACACACGUACAGUGCAGCGAGUCAUUCUGGAAACUUCCAACCUCUAAAGACUCUUGGUCGCAGCGUUUCUGUCAAAGCACUACAACGUAAAAAAAAUUCUGAAAAUAUGGACAAAUUUCAAUGGACAAGUUAAUCGUUUUGCUCCAUUUUUUUUUCUAGUGCUUGAUUUAAAUAAAAAUUGUUUUCCAUCUUUGCUCCCUGCUUUCAAGUGUUUACAGAUUAUGAUUUGAGGUUUGUGUGUGUGAAUCUAAACCGUGUGUUGAUCUGCUUUAGGGGUUUUUUUUGUCUUACAGCUGAUGUACUAUGACCAGGUAGUUAAUUAUCAAAGAUCUUAGCUGCAGACGGUUCAAUCUGUUCAGACUAAACAUGGACUGAAGGAAUAAAAGAUGAGUUAUCUUGUAGUGAAACACGAUGCACACACGGUCUUAUCAGGUUGUUUUUCCAAUGAAUUGUUUCAAUAUUUAAAAUCUACCCACCUGUCCAAUAUUUAGGUGAUCAUGUGUUUACUUUCUGUAAAUUUUCUCUUGUAUCUCUGAGUUAAGCGAGAGGCCGACUCGACAGCGACGUGUUCCACGUUUUAGAGCUUCAGUAGCAACCUGCUGACGUGCCAUACUGUCGAAUCGUACCUUUUGAUCCGUUUCUGGUUGAUUUGAACACAAAUAGUUCAUGUUGUCAGCAUCUCCGGUCUAUUUAUUGUUUACUGGAUUUUUAUAUGAUUUCCUGUGACAUCAAGCACUCCUGCAUCUCUGUCAAAACUUCUUUAGUUCAAUAAAAGUCAUUUAGCUGAA